AACACCUUUUUCUUUCGGUUUCGUUCGGUCAAAUGUGGUGGCGUUGUUAUCUUACAUUUCCUGAUAAAUUAUUAAUAUUUUUCCUUAAUGUUGUUGUAAAUUAUUAAUAGAACUAGAAAACCCUUCCACACACUAUUCCUUGAUUGAUUAUGAGUGAGACCGAGCACGUAGAUCCGCAAAUUGAAAGCUUUAUUCUUACAGAGACGCAGAAACAACGAUUUCAGGUUCUCGUUCACGGUCUCACAGAUACUUGCUGGGAAACUUGUAUGGGCCGACCUUCAACUCGUCUUGAUUCUAAGACUGAAGUAUGCAUUAUGAACUGUGUUGAAAGAUUCAUAGACUCCACCACUUUUAUCACUAAACGUCUCAUGAACACAACAAAAUACAGGUCCGACACACCACUAGAAUUUGAGUAAUAGAAAUUAAAUUGAAAAAGAAUUCAAAAUGUUCUCCAGCAUUAGAAACUUCUUACAGCGCCACAAGAGAAAGUUCAUAAUUACAGGUGCAGUGUUUGGAUCACUGUAUUUACUUAUGAGCUAUGCUCAAAAAAGACUAAGGGAAUGGCAAGAGAAAGAAGCGAAAAAAUUCUUUGAUAUGACUCGCAAGAAACAACACUUUGAAAGCACUGAGCGCACUUGCAACCAGACUAUACUUACUUUGUCAAAAAUUGUGUCCGAGAGUAUCUUGAGCAUUCUUAACACUGACGAAAUAGUUCAGAAGUUGCAAGAUAACACUGACAGCAAACUCACUCUGUGGGAACAGAUGAAAAUUAUGAUUUUUACUAGGAUUUGUGUGUUAGUUUACGCAUUGACCAUCUUAAAUGUCACAUUGAGAGUACAGUUGAACAUUAUUGGGGGAUAUCUAUAUAGAGAUUCUAUGCAUGAAGAUGAUCCCCUUAUUGACAGUGGAUUGCAAGCAAAAUACCUGUCUCUAUGUCAUCACUUUGUAGGUCCAGGAGUAGAGGAUUUAGUUAGACAAAUAGAAAAAGCUGUGAAGAGAGUUGUUGAGCCGAUAUCUUUGAAAAAGAAAAUCACUUUGCAAGAAGUGGAGCAAGUAUUUUGGUCAGUACAAACAAUUCUGUGCACGGACACAAAUAAUGGAGAUCCAGUUAAGAAAAUGGUCCACUAUUUAGUUGGCCAUACAGAAGUUACAGAAGCCAAAUUUGAUACUAUUGUCAAAGAGACAAUGGAUAUUUUGGAAAGCGAUGAAGUCAUGUCUGUUACUAUGGCAGCAGUGAGCAGUAACUUUUCUACUGUAGUUGAUGAAGUUGCCACAUUAUUUGCGUCAAAAUGGGUUCCAACUAAGAAGAACCAUUUGGAGGUUCUCGAAGACCAUGUUGUCACAAAUGGAGCUUUGAAACUGGGAGGCAGCACAGAUCCAUUUGUCGAUGUCAAUAAAGUUGAAAUGCACUUUGUCAAAUUAUUGCCAGUUGUUAAUGAACUUAUUACUAAGAAAUCAAAUAACAUUCCAGAUUUAAUAACUCAUCAUCUUACAUUAAAUGAGAAGCUAAAGGUCCUUGGAGCCAAUAUAUAUGAAGUGUUUAGUAAUAUUUAAAAAACUAUAUAUAUGGGUGUCAUUUAGUUUAAUUAAUUUAAUAUUUGAAGUACUUUCAUAAAUUAUGUCUAAGCCCUCAUUUGCAUGAGAGUUUUUUAACAGACGUUAAAAAAGGGUUCAAUUAUAGUAUGAAGUUUAAUGAUGGUCUAUUUUCAAUGCCAAAAAUUGAAAAUGCUGCUUGAUUAAAAGCGUUGUGUUUUAAAAACGCUGUUGUGUGAACAUAUACAUGCAUUCGUUGUAUUUGAAUGCUUUUUUUAAUGUCUGUUAAAAAAAAACUCUUGUGCUAAUGGGGGCUAAAAUCUGUUUUUGAGACUCAAAAUGAUUAAACCAUGAUAUAUUUUAGACUAAGGAUAAAAUUCCUAAAUUGAUGUAAGACUAAGAACUACAUAAUUAUAAUUUGAUUAUAAUAUUGAACUAUGUAUAACCCUUCUUGCAGUUGGGUAAAAAACCUUAAAAUGGGUUUGGUAUUUUUGUUGUAAUGAUAUAUUGUAUAAAUUGUACAUUACAUUGUGGGUCAAAUGGAAAAAAAAUGAUUUUUUAAAACUAUAA